UUACAUUUGUCACUGUCAAGUUGACUGACUGCAAAGUGACACUUCUGUCAAAUAAAAAAAGAUCAAAUUUACCAAAAAAUAUAUUUCUUGUAAGAAUUUGGUUAAAAUACUCUUUACAGGAUGUCUCUUGGGCCAGCUUUACGUACUCCAUUCACCGAUUUAACUGGUUGCUUGAUUAACCAUCAGCACUACGAUAAAUGUGGUGAAUUGGAAAUGAACAUGAUGGAUUGCUUGGAAGCAUACGGAGUGGACAAAGGUACCCGAGUGUGUUCUGACUUGAUUUCCGAUUUCCAAGAGUGCGUUGGAUUGAACAAACAAUUGCUCCGAUUUCAUGCAAUGAGAGCUGAACGCUACAAGCAAUUAUGGCGUGGAGAACGUACAAGAGAAGAAUUGUUUGCUGAAGGCCCAAGAGUUGAUGCUUAUUAAAAAUUAUUAUUAAUUAAAAAAGUAAAAUAAAUGAAAUCAUUUUCUUAAUAUUUCUGGAAUAAAUAUGAAGUUGUAGCUGAAA